AUGGCCUCUCAAAGUGGCCGGGAAGACAAUGAAAGUGACGACGAGCAAUUUAACGCCACCAAAACAAACCUGGGCGAUGACGAGAUGGACUACGAUGAGUCCGAGGAGGACGACUAUUGGGUUGAUGAUGACGUCAACGAUGACGACGACCUUCAAUCUAAAAAGAGAGAGCAGCUGCCACUUUCCUAUUUUAGCGGAUCUGACAGUGCAGACGAGGAUUCAGUAAAUCUACGAAGAGAGGAUCCGGAGGACAGGCUAUGGACCACAGAUGAAGACGAUAUCGAAGAAGAGUCGCAAAAGAAAGUUGGUGGGGCUCGACAGAGAGCUGCCAAAAAUAAGACAAAAGAAUUAAAAAUUGCGGAAUCGUCAAAACCGGGUGCCCCGGAUGCAGACAUAUCCUCGGUGCCAGAGGAAUCCUGCACUGCAAGUGCCCCUGAAGAUGAAAACGGCCCCUGUGCACCGGAAGCCUCUGAAAUCGAGAAAGGCCAAGGACCAGCAGCGGUUUCUCAGGGCUCAGCAGUGCAGGGGGUAUUGGCUACUCAGAUCCGCUCUGAGUUUCUUAAAUGGAAAGGCUCUUAA